AUGAUUCUAAAACUUGAGCUCAGAUUUGUGCUAUUGCUGAGCGUGGUAUCGCUAUGCAGUUGUAACGAUGGAAUGCAGAACUGUUUGGAUAAGCACAAAGUGGUUGGAGUUCUGCGACAGAUGGAGAAGUUUCUGAAGGGACAGGAGAUCCGAUUCACUGAGGGCCUGCGGAUCAUGAAGUCCAAGCUUGCCAGCCUUCAGAACUCUGUGUCCAAGUUUCCUCAGGCUGACCAGUCUCCUCCACCUUCUACCUGUCCAACUCCGGAGGUUCCAGCGAAUGGGAGAAAGUUUGGCUCAAAAUACCUGGUGGGCCAUGAGGUGCAUUUUACAUGCUCUGAGGGGUACCACCUGGUGGGUCCAGCUACACGCGUGUGCCAGGAGAAUGGCACUUGGAGUGGAGUUAACGCAGUGUGUAAAGGUGCGAGUGAGUGUGCAAGCAACCCCUGUUUAAAUGGAGGUACCUGUGUGGAAGGAAUCAACCAGUAUAAAUGCACCUGCCCCCACAACUGGAGUGGCACUCACUGCCAGCACCAAACUCAGACAGCUCCUCCGGAGUGGAGCGUAAUGAACGACCCGGCGUUCAGCAGGAAGCCUCGCUGUGCUAAGGUGGAUCACGCUCAACACUGCAGCUGUGAUGCAGGUUUUCACAUGAGCGGAACCUCUGACAACAGCAUCUGCCAGGAUGUGAACGAGUGUGAAGUGUAUAAAACGGACCGUGGAGGGAAGCUGUGCAUCCAUGCCUGUGUAAAUGUGCCCGGCUCCUUCCACUGCUCCUGCCCUAACGGCUACAAACUACUGCCUGAUGGAAGGAGCUGUGAGGAUGUGGAUGAGUGUCUUACGCAACAGCACAACUGCACGAGUGGAACAACCUGUAUCAACACAGGGGGAAGCUUCCAGUGCGUCAGCCCACAGUGUCCACGUUCCUAUGGCAACGUCAGUUAUGUCAAGACAUCAUCUUUUCAGUGUGAGAGAAACCCCUGUCCUAUGGAGAGUCGUUCCUGUCAUCUGGCCCCUAAGACUGUCUCAUUUCACUACCUGUCUUUACCCUCUAACCUGCACACCCCAGCCACACUUUUCCGCAUGGCCACUGCUGCUGCCCCUGGACGCCCGGGGCCCGACAGCCUGAGGUUUGGCAUCGUCGGGGGCAACACUCGGGGGCUGUUUGUCAUGCAGCGCUCUGAUAGGCAGACGGGGGAGCUGAUCUUGGUACAAAGCUUGCAAGGGCCACAGGAGGUCAGUGUGGAUGUAGACAUGUCUGAGUAUGUGGAUCGCACCUUCCAGGCCAAACACGUGGCCAAGGUCCAUAUUCUAGUCUCACCCUAUGAGUUCUGA